AUGAAUUUCUCAUAUUACAGCAGUUUGAAUCGUGCCCAGAUAACCUUUGAGUAUCUGCAUACCAAUUCAACUACUCACGAUUUCUUAUUUGGUGCUCUUGCUGAAUUGGUUGAUAAUGCCAGAGAUGCUGAUGCCACUAGAAUAGAUAUUUAUGCAGAAAGGCGAGAGGACCUUCGAGGAGGAUUUAUGCUUUGCUUUUUGGAUGAUGGAGCAGGGAUGGAUCCAAAUGAUGCUGCCAGUGUGAUCCAGUUUGGGAAGUCUGCCAAGCGAAUACCUGAAUCCACUCAGAUUGGACAAUAUGGGAAUGGGUUAAAGUCGGGCUCAAUGCGCAUUGGGAAGGAUUUCAUCCUCUUCACUAAGAAGGACGAUACCAUGACCUGCCUCUUUUUAUCUCGUACUUUCCAUGAGGAAGAAGGCAUUGAUGAAGUGAUAGUUCCAUUACCUACCUGGAAUGCUCAGACCCGAGAUCCUUUCACAGACAACUCGGAGAAGUUUGCCAUUGAGACAGAACUCAUAUAUAAGUAUUCUCCUUUCCACAAUGAGGAGGAAGUAAUGACCCAAUUUAUGAAGAUUCCAGGGGACAGUGGAACACUGGUGAUCAUCUUCAAUCUCAAACUCAUGGAUAAUGGAGAGCCAGAGCUGGACAUAGUCUCAAAUCCAAGAGAUAUCCAGAUGGCAGAAACUUCCCCAGAGGGCAUGAAGCCAGAACAGCACUCAUUUCGUGCCUAUGCUGCCAUACUCUAUAUUGACCCACGAAUGAGGAUCUUUGUUCAUGGACACAAAGUUCAAACCAAGAGACUCUCCUGCUGUCUUUACAAACCCAUGAUGUACAAGUACACAUCAAGCCGGUUCAAAACCCGUGCAGAGCAGGAGGUGAAGAAAGCUGAGCAUGUAGCACGAAUUGCGGAAGAGAAGGCAUGGGAGGCAGAGAGCAAAGCUCGAACUAUAGAACUACGCUUUGGUGGAGACCUCAUCUGGAACUCAAGGGUGAUGUUACAACAGAUUCAGGACAGGGCCAUUACCCUGCGCAGAGAAGCUGAUGUCAAGAAGCGAAUCAAAGAGGCCAAACAGAAAGCACUUAAAGAACCUAAGGAACUGAAUUUUAUUUUUGGGGUCAAUAUUGAACACCGUGACCUGGAUGGUAUGUUUAUCUAUAACUGUAGCCGCCUGAUCAAGAUGUAUGAGAAAGUGGGCCCACAGCUGGAAGGGGGCAUGGCAUAUGGAGGAAUUGUUGGAGUUGUUGAUGUGCCCUAUUUGGUCCUAGAACCUACACAUAACAAACAGGACUUUGCUGAUGCCAAGGAAUACCGACACUUACUGCGGGCAAUGGGAGAGCACUUGGUGCAGUACCGGAAGGAUACUGCUAUUGCCCAGCAAGGAAUCAUCAAGUUUUGGGAUGAGUCUGAUUACCUUUCUGCCAACUGGAGCCAAACCCCAUCCCGUGACUUGCAUUACAAAUGUCGGAGAUCUAUGGAAAUUCCAACCACAAUUCAAUGUGAUUUGUGUCUGAAGUGGCGAACCCUCCCCUUUCAGCUGAGUAGUGUGGAAAAAGAGUAUCUUGACACCUGGGUUUGCUCCAUGAACCCUAAUCCUGAGCAGGAUCGAUGUGAAGCUUCUGAACAGGAGCAGAAGAUUCCCCUGGGAACAUUUAGAAAGAACCUGAAGACACAGGAAGAGAAACAGAAGCAGCUGAGAAAGAAAAUUCGCCAGGAUCAGGAGAAGCUGAAGACUCUUCAGAAAACCACACCCAUACGCUCCGGAGCUGACCUGAAGAAAUUGCCUUUGGAAGUUACCACUAGACCUUCCACUAAGGAACCUCCACGUAGACCUCAACGUCCUCGGUCACCCCCUUUAUCUGCUGUGAUCAAGAAUGCCCCAAGCAGACCCUCUUCACUCCACACUCCCAGGUCAGCCAUCCAGACUCGAAAGAUCACUGUUGUUAGCAGUACUCCAAAACUGCCUGCUCCCACAUCACCCCAGGAAGAGGCCAGUACAUCAAAGCUGCUCCAGCCUCCUGAGGCAGCUCGAAAGCCUGCUAACAACAUUGCAGACAAGGUUCAAACCCAAUCUACACCUGUGGUGCAGUCGCUGAGAUCGUCUGUGCUGCCCAAUUCCAAGAGUCCUUGGGAGGUCCCUGCACCCAGAACUGUCAAGGCUCCAGUGGUGAAGGAACCAAAACAACCCAAUAAAAUAUCUGUGACUACUUCUGGGCAGAAGCGAAUGUUUAUAGACUCUAGUGAAGAGGAAGAUGAUGAUGAGGCUGACAGAAGGAAGGAGAGGCCCAAGCGGGGCAAGUUUACUGUAAGACAGAAAAAGACGGAUUCAAAUGAGCUCUCAGAUAGUGUUAGAGAAGAGGACCCAGCUGAUCUCAAGAGUGCUCAGAAAGAUAAAGGACUGCAUGUGGAGGUAUGUGUGAACAGGGAGUGGUACACUGGCCCUGUUAAAGCUGUGGAAGUGGGCAAGCAUGCAGUACAGUGGAAUGUGAAGUUUGACUAUGUGCCCACUGAUACAACACCAAGAGACCGCUGGGUAGAGAAAGGCAGUGAGGAUGUUUGGCUGAUGAAGCCCCCUUCUCUGGAAAAUGGAAGACCUGAUACACAGCAGAAGGGAGGGGAAGAGUUAGAGCCAUUAGCACAAGAACCAACGCUAGCAGCAGAACCAACACCAGUACCAGCAACUGUUGCCCAGGAGAAUGUAGCCAUGGCAGAACAGCCCGCCAUUUCUGAGUGUGUCCGCACUGAACGUGACAGCUCUGGCCCUAACAUCAAUCACGAGACCGUUGAUCUGCUAGUUCAGAUCAUCCGGGAUUGUUUACUGCGUUUCCUACCUCCAAGUUUCCCUGUCUCCGAAACAGAGCUGAGCACUAUGAAUGCGAAUAAGCUGAUAACAUUCCCUCUGAAAGAGUACCUCCAGCAGCACGACAUUGGACUCCAGAAACUGUACCAUUCCUCCCAGAGCUGUGCUGAGUCGCUGGCCGACGCUGCCGAGGAGAACCUGCGUCUAUCUGAGAGGAAGCUCAGGGAGACAGAGGAGAAGCUGCAGAAGCUGAAGAGAAAUAUCGUGGCGCUUUUGCAACAGGACAUAGACAUCGACGCAGAUGACGAGCUGGAUGCCUACAUCGAGGAGCUGGUCACCAAUGAGGACUAAGGGUUUUGGAGCCAGAGAUCAGCUCUCUCAGGGCAGAGUGCCCCUGAGGCAUCCAAAGGGGGUGUGUUUCAUUCACUGGUUGG